UUAAGCUGUUACCUAUGACACCAACAGAUGUUGUUGUCGCUGUAGCACUAGCUAGGUAGCUAGCUGUUCAAGUGUAAUGUUGCCAGCUAGCUGAACUGUUCAUGCUGCAGUUAUGUAGAUACGAGUGAUACUUUAUCUUGUGACACAUAUGGUAAUCCGUCCAUGAUUUGGUCGUUGCAAACCACUUUUGCGGUAUUUGCAAACAAGAAAAUAGGACUUCAAAUAGCUAGCUAAGCUAGUAGCUAACUAGCUACCUAGCUUCUUUGGAACCAAGAGCAAGCAACAAAAUCAAGAAAACAAUGUGGCAGAGUGUCGGUCUCACAGUGCUGGUCAUUGUGGCAACUCUUGUAUGCGCAGUGCUUUUCAUGUUGUUCGGUUGGUAUGUAGUCUGGCAGCUCUUUCUGUCUAAGUUCAAGUUCCUGCGUGAGCUGGUGGGCGAUGCAGGUUCUCCCCAGGCAGAGGCCCAGCCCUCCGAGGCCAGGACUGAGCGUGUCUCUGCCCCCGGCACACGCCAGCGAGCCAAGACGGCUCGCCUCAGGACUGGCCCUCCUGAAAGCACUACGUAGGCCACACCCCCCCGGUGCUCCUCACCCUGCUGUUCACCUAACGCCGACCCACUAGGAACCAUCCAUGGAUGCCCCCCGCCCCUACUGUCAUGUCUGUCGCAUCCACCGUUGAACACUGCACUACCUAAGGACCUUACUGACUGCCCUUACUCUGCACCACUUUUUAACUGACUAGGCUUAGCAAAGCUGCUGAUGUUUAAAGGACAAGCCAUUCAAUCAUGGAGUGUUCUUCAUGCCACUUGUACAAGUAUAACUGUGUUCUUGUUGUGCACCAUCUGUGUUGUGAGCAGCAUAGUCAGGGCCUGUGCUGGUCCCGAGGGCCUGUGCUGGUCCCGAGGGCCUGUGCUGGUCCCGAGGGCCUGUGCUGGUCCCGAGGGCCUGUGCUGGUCCCGAGGGCCUGUGCUGGUCCCGAGGGCCUGUGCUGGUCCCGAGGGCCUGUGCUGGUCCCGAGGGCCUGUGCUGGUCCCGAGGGCCU